AUGGCUAAAGGUGACCCCAAGAAACCAAAGGUCAAGACGUCUGCUUAUGCCUUCUUCGUGCAGACCUGCUGGGAAGAACAUAAGAAGAAAAACCCCGGGGUCCCAGUCAACUUUGUGGAGUUUUCCAGGAAGUGCUCUGGGAGGUGGAAGACAAUGUCCCGCAAGGAGAAAUCAAAGUUUGAUAAAAUGGCAAAGGUAGAUAUAGUAUGCUACGAUCAGGAAAUGAAAGAUUAUGGACCAGCUAAAGGAGGCAAGAAGAAGGACCCUAAUGCCCCCAAAAGACCACCGUCUGGAUUUUUCUUAUUCUGCUCUGAAUUCCGCACCAAGAUCAAAUCUACAAAUCCUGGAAUCUCCAUUGGAGAUGUGGCAAGAAAGCUGGGAGAGAUGAGGAACAACUUGAGUGGUGAAAAGCAGCCUUGCGUUACCAAUGCCGCAAAGCUGAGGGAGAAGGAGGAGAAGGGAGCUGCUGAGUGUCCGUCUAAAGGGAAGUUCGACGGCGCCAAGGGGCCUGCUAAAGUUGCCCGGAAAGAGGUGGAAGAGGAAGAGGAGGAGGAAGAGGAAGAGGAAGAAGAGCAGGAGAAAGAGGAAGAAGAUGAAUAA